AACUAUGUUGUGAUGUUUGGUCAAAAUUCACAAUCACUGCGACCACCGCCGAACUCCUCCUUCUACAUAAGGGACAUUCUAGGACCUGAUUCCAGGCCUAUUGGUACGGCGGAAAAGUUCCCGGAAUAUGAGCACCUCCACAGGGACCAGUCCACGACCACUUACCCCCCGGGCCCUUACCCCAGUCACGUGAUGCAGCAUCAACCCCUGGUCCCCUCCUCCAGGGCGCAUUCUCUGGCCUACAGAGGUAAUUUAGGCUUCCCGAUGGAGUCGUUACUGGAUCUACAGGACACGAGCUCUCUACCGAUUCCGCUUCCGGUCUACAUACGGUCCCGCUCCCCCGGGGAGACCGCAGGAUUCCUGAAACCCAAGAAGUGCCGGCGGAGUCGUACGGUGUUUACCGAGCUUCAGCUGAUCGGUCUGGAGAAGAGGUUUGAGUCCCAGAAAUACCUGUCCACACCUGACCGGUUAGAGCUGGCCGACUCCCUCGGGCUGUCACAGGUCCAGGUCAAGACCUGGUAUCAGAACCGACGCAUGAAGUGGAAAAAAGCC